GGGGUAAAAUUGCCUCUUUUGUUUACCAACGGGUACCGGAUAUUUGUUGCAGAACAUUGUCAGGGCGUGCCGAUUCUGGUCUUCCUUACAAUCAUUCGAGUACGUGUGAUCCGAAGCUGUGGACACAGUCUCAACUCCAUUCUAAGCUGAAUACGUUGACCAGCAACAUGGGACCGCAGACUGUGCUAUUGAUAUCGCUUUCACCCGUACUAGUGCUGGUCGUUCUCUUAUGCUGCGUCUAUUGGUGUUUCCGCCUGAGCAGAUCAGAGCCAGAGCGACGCAAGACUAACAGAAGUCGCCGGAAUGCCAGCGCGAAGACUGAGUGCACCCAUGUGGAGAAGCACAAUUCGCACAUCGAUGGAAUUGUUCUCGAUUCGACUUUGGAAAAAGAAGCUAGUGAUGUGAAUACGAAACCGUUGGAAGACAUUGAAGAUCUUGGAAAUGAGUUUGAGAACGCCUGUGCAGAUGAAACACUCCCAGACGAGGCUGAGAGGACUGCAGUCACGCAGCACACGGAGAAGCAAGUAUUGGAAGAAGGUAUUUUAUCCCCUGGCGCAUCAUCUAAGCCAAACAGUGUCACCGAUCCUACCUCAUCAUAUGCAUCAGACUCGUCACUGGCACAAUCCGCAAAAGUGCAUCCCAAAGCCGAGACAGAUGAAGACGGUGCCGUUGCCAAUGCGAGUAAUAGACGCAGUAGUAUUUCUCCGUACAGUGAACUUCCUUUAGCCGACGGCAAUUCGUCACUAUGUCCUGGCAUAAAGCUGCAACAAACAGAAGACUACUCCCAAACUUGCUUUGAGCAAGACGUUACCUCGCUACCUAGCUCCGAAGUCGCUUCACGACCAUCUGCGUUGGACUGUACUCGGCGGCAUUCCAUGGUAAAACCAUACGAAGAAAUCUCUAUAAACAAUGUUGGGUCAUCAUUUUCGGCGCAGCACAAUGCCAGUCAACGCUUGCCAGAAUUCACUAAAUGCGCAUCAAAGUACUCCACGUCAUGCAAAGAGCCCACAGCUCAGCCAAUUGAAUCAGAUGGAGGAACCAAUCACGUGCACUCAUGCGAAACGAUAUCGGCAAUUGAACCCAACGUUGCUGCCAACUACAAAUGGGCUCGAUUCCCCAGCCAGAAAGGCAAUCGCGAUGGAGAAAUGGCGGAUAGAAGGACUCUUUCUGGAGGUACUAAACAAAUGUCGGCUGCUCUUCGAAAGCCUUCACGGAUUUCCAAAGGCCUGGGAAACGCUAGUAAAAGGAGUAUCGCCAAGAUCGCACCAGUUGACGAGGAUGUGCCUGGAUUAGGCUUUGAAAAGUUGUCCGCCUCUGAACUGCCUUCUGAUGAUGGAAAUGGAUCAAAGCCACCCUGCACUGUGUCACGCCUAAGCACCUUCAUACCCUCUGAUUACCUAUUGCCGUCAGAUGUGGCUGGCUAUCCCCAAGAGCACAUGUCCAAAGGCAUUUGUCCGCAGGCAGAAUCAGUCCAGACAAAUAUAUGUAUUGGCAACCCAGUCAACGCCACUGAAUCCUCGCGACCUGACAUACCCCAGCAAAAUCGAGUCGAGCUCCCAAGAACCGGCAAUCCUUGCCACUCCGCUGACUGCUGGAAAGAUCAACCAGCCUUGGUGAUUAAACCCGACAUCCCAGGAGGAUCGACUCCAUCGCCAAAUCGUAGUGUUCUUUCACGGCGUACUCCUACACGACCUGUUGGACAGUUCCAGACUCCGAAACCGAUGAACCUCAAGCCUAGGAACACGUUGGAAAGUCGUGCAUCCAACAGUGCGGAGUUGGGGAAAGCUACUGCUGCCUCACCACGUCAACUCUGCAAGACUACUUCUGUGGACCGUCCUGUUUCUGUUCAGCCCUAUCUGAUGGUCGAAUUGAAGAAAAGUUGAAUGACAAUAUAUCUAACCUCGGAUUUGUCCUAACUCGUAACAUUUUUGUCCUUCUCCUUUUUUAUAAUAAAUCUCUGAAGGAUUUUGAAUUGCCUUUGAGCUUGUAUUUACCAAUGUUUGCAGGUUAUUGCUUCGCAAUAUCAUUGUUUCAUCCAUUUGAAAACUUUAAAUUGUAGAUUGAGUUGACCGAGGUAGUAAUUUAACUUGUUAUAUCCUUAUCGUCCGCGGGCAUUUAUAAAGCCAGCAGUCCUAGGCUAGACGCUUGUUAGCACAAACCAGAAGUAUUCCUAGCGCAGCAGGUCGUUAACAUCUUUCCAAUUUUCACAUACGUGUAUCUAUAUGUACCUGUGUGCCUACAGCAUUCAGUCAUCACACAGGUUUAGUAUCCAAAUAACAAAGUCUUGUAACACCAGUAGGCUAAACGUCAUAUUACACUGAACCUAUGUACAUAGUACACGCAUUUAGGCACUAUCGUGCCAAUUCAAAAGACUGGAAAUGUGUUCCAUUUCA